AUGUUACAUCUGGAUCCUCCAUUUCUUUUGGAACUGCGGAUGCACGUAUGCAUCUCCGCCGCUUAUUAUUUGGGCCAAGCGCCCACCGAGGAGGAAUUAAAUACUUUACGCAAGGUCCCCGGCCCAGUAUCAGGGUCCGGAUAUUGGCUCUGCACCGUUGAGUUUGCAGAGCGUGCCUCGUAUUAUGGCUGCACCUGGGUCUUCCAGAAUUUCAUUCAAUAUCCUCUACCCCCCGGUGGGAAUGGCGCGGGAGCGUCAGCGCCAGGGUCGGAGAAGCCAGCAGGAGCAUUAGGGCAGGGACUGCAGGUCUCGUCCGCACUGACGCUGUUGUUCAAGUUCCUUGCGUACUGUAUUCCCAUCUUUGGCGGCUGGCUAGCUGAUACAAAGCUGGGACGAUAUAAGACAAUCUGUAUCGGGGUGGCCAUUUGCGGUGUUUCGCAUAUUAUCAUGGUGGUCGGCGCGAUUCCGAGCAUAUUGCAGGCUGGCCAUGGCAUGGCACCGUUCGUUGUCAGUCUGAUAAUUCUCGCAUUUGGAGCGGGUAUGGUCAAGGCGAAUAUUUCCCCGGCUGUCAUGGAACAGGUCACUUUUAAGCAUCCUUACAUUAGAACUCUGAAGUCCGGAGAACGGGUCAUUGUCCACCCCGAAACUACGAUCCAGCGACUUACACUUACAUUUUACGCUCUGAUCAAUGUGGGCGCUUUCUUCGGGCUGGCGACCAGCUACUCGGCGAAGCGUGUCGGAUAUUGGCUGGCAUACCUCAUUCCCGGCAUCAUGUACUUCUUGAUGCCAAUUAUCUUGGCUUUGGUAUACAAGAAGACGAUCAAAAUGCCUCCGCAAGGGAACGUCCUCGGUGACACCUGGCAUGUCAUCAAACUAGCGAUCCAACAAAAUGGGUUCCGCAAGUUCGGAUCGGAGGUGUACUUCAACUCAGCGAAGCCAUCGGAGCUUGCGCGGCAGGGUAUCGCCUCAUAUAAGGGGAAGCCGAUCAGCUGGAACGAUGGGUUCGUGGACGAUGUUCGACGCACGCUCGUGGCCUGCCAGAUCUUUCUCUUCUAUCCCCUGUACUACCUCAACAACGGAGGCAUCGGAAGUAUUACCAACUCCCAAGCCGGAUCAAUGACAACGAAAGGGGCACCCAACGACCUCGUCAGCAACUUCAAUCCUCUAGCUAUCAUCAUCGCGUCUCCGAUCCUCAAUUACGGUCUCUACCCCUUACUCCGUAGGCAUCGGAUCGAAUUCGGCCCCAUCAAACGUAUCACCCUCGGCUUUAUCCUCGCUGCCUUAAGUUGUGUCAUUGGCGCCAUCCUCCAAUGGCGCGUCUACGAAACCUCACCUUGCGGCUACUAUGCGACAGAAUGUGACAUUGGCAACGGCGUCUCCACCCUCUCCGUCUGGGCCCAAACCCCAAUGUACGUUCUUCAGGCCCUAUCGGAGCUCUUCGCCAUCGUCAGCGGCUACGAGCUGGCCUUCUCGCGGUCGCCGAAGAGUAUGCGCGCGUUGGUCGUCGCUCUUUUCCUGUUUACGUCUGCCGUCUCGUCUGCAAUUAGUCAGGCUGUUGUUCCGGCGUUGGCGGAUCCGCAUCUGAUUUGGCCGUUUGUAGGCACUGCUGUCCCGGGAGUGCUAUUCGCGGUGGUGUUUUAUUGGGUCUAUCGCGAUCUGGAUAAGGAGACGUUCCUACGGGACGAUUCAGAUGGUCAGCAGGAGAUUCUGUCGGAGAAGGACAAAAACUAG